UGCCUGCAUAAAUUAAGACACGCUAAGAUAUCUUUCUUCGUCUUUUUCUUUCAUUAUCUCUCUAUUCUGUUCAGUUCUCCAUCCAUCUAACUAUCAUUAUACCAAGAUGGAUUCCCAGAACAACACCGCCGAAUCCGGAUCCGGAUCUACACCCACAGUGACCAACGGUGACGUUGCUCCGCCGCGCAAGGUGGCAUUGAUCACCGGAAUCACCGGUCAAGACGGUUCCUACCUCACGGAAUUCCUUCUCAACAAGGGUUACGAGGUGCACGGACUCAUCCGUCGCUCCUCCAACUUCAACACCCAACGCAUCGACCACAUCUACGUGGAUCCUCACAACGCACACAAGGCACGCAUGAAGCUCCACUACGCCGAUCUCUCCGACGCCUCCUCCCUCCGCCGCUGGCUCGACACCAUCCUCCCCGACGAGGUCUACAACCUCGCCGCGCAGUCCCACGUCGCAGUCUCCUUCGAGAUCCCCGAUUACACCGCCGACGUCGUCGCCACCGGCGCCCUCCGUCUCCUCGAGGCCGUCCGUUCCCACAUCGCCGCCGCGGGACGCAGCCACAUCCGGUAUUACCAGGCCGGGUCAUCGGAGAUGUUCGGGUCAACGCCGCCGCCUCAAUCGGAGAACACCCCCUUCCACCCGCGUUCCCCUUACGCGGCGUCGAAAUGUGCUGCGCACUGGUACACGGUUAACUACCGUGAGGCCUACGGGAUCUUCGCGUGCAAUGGGAUCCUUUUCAACCACGAAUCGCCCCGUCGUGGCGAGAAUUUCGUGACCCGGAAGAUAACCCGGGCGGUGGGUCGGAUCAAGAUCGGGCUUCAGAGCAAGCUGUUCUUGGGGAAUCUGCAGGCGUCGAGGGAUUGGGGUUUUGCUGGGGAUUACGUGGAGGCUAUGUGGCUGAUGCUGCAACAGGAGAAGCCAGAUGAUUAUGUUGUGGCCACGGAAGAUUCACACACAGUUGAAGAGUUCUUGGAAGUGGCUUUUGGGCAUGUGGGUCUGAAUUGGAGGGAUCAUGUGGUGAUUGACAAGAGGUACUUUAGGCCUACGGAGGUUGAUAAUCUCAAAGGGGAUGCUAGCAAGGCUAAGAAGGUGCUUGGGUGGAAGCCCAAGGUGGGUUUUCAAGAGCUUGUGAGUAUGAUGGUUGACCAUGACAUUGAGAUGGCUAAGAAGGAGAAGGUGCUUGUUGAUGCUGGCUACAUUGAUGCUCACCAACAACCUUGAUCUCAAAUUCUUUUGGGUCCUCCAUUUUUUUUUUUAAAAAAUAAAAUAAAUUUGUUUUUUGGGUUUUUAGAUAAAUGUUGCGUAGAAUUUCAAUCAAAGAUGGGUUUUACUGUUUUUGUCAUACAAUGCUGUUCUUUUAAAUGAUUCAUCAUAGCUGACAUCUAUGAGCAGUUUACUUGUUGGUGUUGGAGUUGUUGUUUUGUAGUUUUUCGUUGCCAGAUUUUU